AUGGCGGUGAGUGACAAGAAAUUUAAUGAGAUGAUGACUCAUAACAAAAUGCUUGAGACACAAAUAAACCAACUAUCCAACACUCUAAAGGAUUAUGCUAGUCCAUCCUCUUUGCCUUCUCAAGGAGUGGAACCUAAGAAACCCAUAUAUUCUAUCACUACUAAGAAUGGGAGAGUUCUUAAUGAGGGAGUUUCAAGGUCCAUUGAGGAGGAUGAGGAGAGGAGUGACCCAAGAGAGGAAGUUGAGAAGGGAAGUUCACCCUUCUAUUACCUUCACCGAUGCAAUUACCCAAUGCCUAGGUACUCUAAGUUCCUUAAGGAGAUUUUGAGCGGGAAGAGAAAGUGUAAUGAGGUUGAUUCGGUUGAAUUUGGGAAUUUUUGUAGUGCUUUCAUUCAUAAUGAGUUGCCCAAGAAGAUGGAGGAUCUGGGUAAUUUCUCUAUUCCAUGUGAGAUCAAAGGAAAAAUGUUUGAUAAUGCUUUUUGUGAACUUGGAUCUGGUGUGAGCGUCAUGCCUUAUUCCACUUUCAAGAAACUCAAGCUAGGUGAGCUCCUCCCAUCUGACAUAACCCUUCAAUUGGCCGAUCGGACUAUUAUGAUUCCAAAGGGGAGAGUUGAGGAUGUUCCUCUUAAGAUAGGAGGGUUCACUAUUCCCGUUGAUUUCAUUGUGUUAGAGAUUGCGGAAGAUGACCAUAUCCCCAUCAUUUUAGAAAGACCUUUCUUAGCCACUUCGGGAGCCUUAAUAGAUGUGAAAGGAGGUCGUAUUACCUUGAGAUUUGGUAAGAAAGAGGAAAGUUUUGAGUUGAAACCAAUGCAUGAGUCUUUGUCUCUUGUGCAAGGAAUUAUGUGUGCUAAUUGUCUUCGCUCUAUUGAUAAUGUGUGCAUGAUUAAUUCUUCAACUAACGAUGUUCUUGAGAUUUGUGAUGAUGCUCUUUCAAGUUUAUGGACGAGGAGGAAGUUGAAAUUCCUCAUUGGUUUGAGCUCUAUCCUCAAGAUGAAGGCGAUGUUUCCAUGA